GUGUUAUCCUCACCUGGUCCGGCUGGUUUCAUCAGGCGGAGACAAGAAGCUGCAGAAAGGAUGGCUCGCCUCGCGCUUUUCCUCCUCCUGGUUUGGACCGGAUCCCAGCUGGCUGGAGCUUUAGUCUUUGAGAUCCACAUCCGGGCGAUCGAAGGUCGGCCCGUCACUCUGCCGUGCCGCGCGCCCGACGUGGCGGGACCCAUCAAGUACCUGGAGUGGAGCCGGACCGACCAGAAGAUGUCCUACAUCAUCCUGUACCAGGACCAGCACUUCCACCCGGACUUCCAGGACCGGGCCUUCCGGGAGCGAGCCGAGCUGCUGGACAAGGAGAUGAAGGAGGGCCAGGUGUCUCUGGUGCUCAGGAACACCUCGGCGGCCGACAGCGGCGUGUACGAGUGCCGGGUGGUGCAGGCGCUGGGGACCCGCCAGAAGAGAUCGGUUCUGAACGCUGAGCCCGACAUGGUCAUCAAGCUGAGAGUCAGUCCAGAACGUCAAAUCCCUGACGCCGCCGCCGCCGACCGCGCUGAUCCGCAGGAGGUACCAGGAAGAAGACGGCGACGUCCAGCGGUACCUGGCCUUCCUGCUGCCGGUCGUCGCCGUGGCGGUUCCUCUGCUGGCCGUGACCACAUGCAAGUUCUUCAGGUCCUUUCUGAUGAAGAGCUACAGACCCGCCUCCAAGUGACCCAGAGACGAACAACCAGGAGGAAAUGCUGCUGA